CUCUACAGCAAUCGACGACAUGGAAGGCAGGGUUGCUGUGCUUGUGUGCGCUGCGCGUGCGGGACAUUUGGAGACUGUGAAGAGGAUGGUGGCUGACGGCGUGUCGUUGUAUGCAAAGGCGAAGGCGGGAGAAGAAGAACGGGACACGGCGUUGACGGGAGCGGCACGGAACGGUCAGCUGGAUGUGGUGCGGUGGCUGGUGGGCGAGGGCGGGGCGGAGGUAGACAAUGCCGUGGACGGCGGGUAUACUCCACUGUGCAUUGCUGCGUCCAAUGGUCAGCUGGAUGUGGUGCGGUGGCUGGUGGGCGAGGGCGGGGCGGAGGUAGACAAUGCCGUGGACGGCGGGUAUACUCCACUGUGCAUUGCUGCGUCCAAUGGUCAGCUGGAUGUGGUGCGGUGGCUGGUGGGCGAGGGCGGGGCGGGUGUCGACAAGGCCAACAACAACGGGGCUACGCCGCUGUAUAUCGCUGCGCAGAACGGGCAUCUGGAUGUGGUGUGGUGGUUGGCUGGCGAGGGUGGAGCAGAUGUCGACAAGGCCGCAGAUGGCGGAUAUGCUCCGCUGUACAUGGCUGCGCAGAACGGGCAUCUGGAUGUGGUAGACAAGGCCAACAACAACGGGGCUACGCCGCUGUAUAUCGCUGCGCAGAACGGGCAUCUGGAUGUGGGCGGGGCGGAUGUCGACAAGGCCGCAGAUGGCGGAUAUGCUCCGCUGUACAUGGCGGCGCAGAACGGGCAUCUGGAUGUGGUAGACAAGGCCAACAACAACGGGGCUACGCCGCUGUAUAUCGCUGCGCAGAACGGGCAUCUGGAUGUGGUGCGGUGGCUGGCUGGCGAGGGCGGGGCGGAUGUCAUCAAGGCCGCUAGCGACGGGUAUACUCCGCUGCACGUCGCUGCGUCCAACGGGCAUCUGGAUGUGGUGCGAUGGCUGGUAGACGAGGGCGGGGCGGAUGUCGACAAGGCCGCUGGCGGCGGAUAUGCUCCGCUGUACAUCGCUGCGUCCAAUGGCCAUCUGGAUGUGGUGCGGUGGCUGGUGGGCGAGGGUGGAGCGGAUGUCGACAAGGCCGCAGAUGGCGGAUAUGCUCCGCUGUACAUGGCGGCGCAGAACGGGCAUCUGGAUGUGGUGCGGUGGCUGGCGGGCGAGGGCGGGGCGAGUGUCGACAAGGCCAACAACAACGGGGCUACGCCGCUGUAUAUCGCUGCGCAGAACGGGAAUCUGGAUGUGGUGCGGUGGCUGGCUGGCGAGGGCGGGGCGGGUAUCGACAAGGCCGCUGGCGGCGGAUAUGCUCCGCUGUACAUCGCUGCGUCCAAUGGCCAUCUGGAGUGUG